UCUGACAAAUUAAGGCUAUUCCAUGCGAGAAAUUUCCUAGAAACUGAAGAUCUCGUACAACGCGGUGUACUGCUCCAUUCACAGAACAGCGCAAACUGGCUCUAAACAGAAUAGAAAGAGGAGUGGGAGGCCCCGGUGCACAACUGAGCAAGUACAUUAGAAUGUCUAGUUUGAGAAACAGACGCCUCACAAGUCCUCAACUGGCAGCUUCAUUAAAUAGUAUCCGCAAAACACCAGUCUCAACGUCAAAAGUGAGGAGCGACUCCGGGAGGCUGGCCUUCUUUUGAACGGUAGUGUAUUUUCAGUGGAUAAAACCAGUUUAGAAAUAUUGCUCUGCAACCCAAAAUUUGUAUACAACUCAGUUUGCAUGGUGUGUUGUUUUUGGUAGACAAUACCUCAACGGCACAUAACCAAUACUUUGAAAUGCAGAGCAAAAUAGAGAUCACACCAACCAAAUCAGAACAAAUUCCACUAACUCAUUAUAAUAUAACCUCAGCCUACAAAAGUAUUCAGGAGUUGGAUUGAAUAGAUUGAGUAUAUGUUGCACCAUGGUAUUCUCUGUCGACAUACAAACCAUCAAGGGGGUUGAACACACACACUCCAAAAACUAAUAACUCCCCAAGCAGCUAACUAGACUGAAAAAUAAGUAUAAACGCAACAUGCAACAAUUUCAAAGAUUUCCAUGAGCUACAGUUCCUAUCAGGAAAUCAGUCAAUGUAAAUGCAUUCAUUAGGCCCUAAUCUAUGGAUAUCACAUGACUGGGAAUACAGAUAUGCAUUUGUUGGUCACAGAUACCUUAGAAAAAGGGUAUGGGCGUGGAUCAGAAAACACUCCGUAUCUGGUGUGACCACCAUUUGCCUCAUGCAGCGUGACAUCUCCUUCACAUAGAGUUGAUCAGGCUGUUGAUUGUGGCCUGUGGACUGUUGUCCCACUCCACUUCAAUGGCUGUGCGAAGUUGCAGGAUAUUGGCGGGAACUGGAACACGCUGCCGUACACGUCGAUUCAGAGUAUCCCAAACAUGCUCAAUUGGUGACAUGUCUGGUGAGUAUGCAGGCCAUGGAAGAACUGGGACAUUUUCAGCUUCCUGGAAUCGUGUACAGAAUUUCUGUCCUUGCGUCAUGGUGCAGUGCAUUAUCAUGCUGAAACAUGAGGUGAUGGCAGAGGAUGAAUGGCACGACAAUGGUCCUCAGGAUGUCGUCACAGUAUCUCUUUGCAUUCAAAUUGACAUUGAUAAAAUUGUAUUUUGUUGUCUGUAGCUUAUGCCUGCCCAUACCAUGACCCCACUGCUACCAUGGGGCGCUCUGUUCACAUUGUUGACAUCAGAAAACCUCUCACCAACACCGUACACAUGGUCAAAUUCUCUAAAAUGACUUUGGAGGCUGCAUAUUGUAGAUCAAUUUACAUUAAAUUCUUUGGCAACAGCUCUGGAGGACAUUCCUGCAGUCUGCAUGCCAAUUGCACACCCCCUCAAAACAUGAGACAUCUGUGGCAUUGCGUUGUGUGACAAAACUGCACAUUUUAGAGUGGCAUUUAAUUGUCCCCCUAACAAGGUGCACCUGGGUAAUGAUCAUGUUGUUUAAUCAGCUUCUUGAAAUACCACACCUGUCAGGUGGAUGGAUAAUCUUGGCAAAGGAGAAAUGCUCACUAACAAAUUUGUGCACAAAAAUUGAGAGAAAUAAGCUUUUUGUGCGUAUGAAAAAAUUCUGGGAUCUUUUAUUUCAGUUUAUGAAACAUGGGACCAACACUUUACAUGUAGCAUUUAUAUUGUUGUUCAGUAUAUGAAACUAGACAUUAAUAAUUUAACUAGUGUGUCUGGCGUUAAAGAUGAUUCUAGAUUAUGAUAGAUUAUACAUCCCUCAUAAUCAGAUAUGAGGGAUAGCUGCUCUUACAUAACUUUGGCUCAAAAUGGCAAUACCUGAAGCUCCUAAUUAGGAGGGUUGCUGUUAUACCUAAAGUGGCGAAGUGGGAAAGAAAAACUAUUCACAAAUAUAUCAUCUCUGCCAGCGAGCGGGGUAUUGUUUGUGGUUAGAGGGCACUAGCUGGGUUGGCACUGUUGGUUGGUGUGGGAGCUGGCGGGGGAGGGGAUGGCGGUGCAGGCAACACUUUACAAUUGCCUGGCAAGAUGUGCCAUGGGGCAUUGUCCCUCCCAUCGGUGGCAGAUCAAUCCUCACAUCCUGUGUGCAACUGCAGCACAGGAGAACACAGAACAGUCACUCUGUGUGCCGGACUGACUGACAGAGAGAGAUGUGCUUUUGGGACCGGUGCAAAGGACUCAAACUCCAUAGGGUAACCAUACCAAUUGGGAAACAUGAUUCGCAUCGAGAGGCAAAGAAAGUACCCCAUACUAUUAAUAUUGUGAGGACAUGUUGCAGUAGAGACCAGUGAGCUGUGAGACCAUGGGGGACUGGAACCUGCUGGGCAGCAUCUUGGAGGAAGUACAUGUCCACUCCACCAUCGUAGGAAAGAUCUGGCUCACCAUCCUCCUCAUUUUCCGCAUGUUGGUGCUGGGAGUGGCGGCCGAGGACGUGUGGAACGAUGAGCAGAGCGAAUUCAUCUGCAACACGGACCAGCCGGGCUGCAAGACCGUCUGUUACGACCAGGCCUUCCCCAUCUCCCUCAUCCGCUUUUGGGUCCUGCAGGUCAUCUUCGUCUCCUCACCCUCCCUCGUCUACAUGGGCCACGCGCUCUACCGCCUGCGCGCCCUGGAGAAGGAGAGGCACCGGCGGAAGGUCCAGCUGAAGGCAGAGCUGGGGGAGAUGGAGGCGCUGGUGGAGGAGCACAAGCGCAUUGAGAAGGAGUUGAAGAGGCUGGAGGAGCAGAGGAAGGUGAAGAAGGCUCCACUGAGAGGGUCCCUGCUGCGGACGUACGUCAUCCAUAUCCUAACACGCUCCGUGGUGGAGGUGGGCUUCAUCAUGGGCCAGUAUAUCCUGUAUGGCAUCGGACUGGAGCCUUUGUAUAAAUGCGAGAGAAUGCCUUGCCCCAACAGUGUGGACUGUUACGUGUCCAGACCCACGGAGAAAACAGUGUUCAUGGUGUUCAUGAUCGUCAUCGCCGGGGUGUCUCUCUUCCUGAACCUAAUGGAGAUUUCCCACCUGGGCAUCAGGAAAAUCAAACAGACUCUGAAGGGAGACAAGUACCCAGCAGACAAUGACAAUUUGAUUUACAAGCUGAAGAAGAAUGCGACGAUACAGCAUCUGUGUGUGAUGAGGAACCUGUCUCCUCACAACGGGCCGCUGACUCAGACCAUCUUCAAAGUAAUUCCUGAGAAGGACCUGGACCCAAUGGACCCACCUCCCCACUACAUACCUAACCAUGAGGUGCCCAGGCACAACAGCAUGGCUCCAGGCCAUUAUCUUGCCAACUGCACUGGCCUCCAGCCUCAUCAGCAAUACCAGCAGCAGCAGCUUCAACAAUGUGAGCCCAGCCAGGGGAUGAUCCAGACCCUGCACCUCCAGGGAGCCCCAGAGAAACAAACCACCGUCAUGGUGGACCAGCUCCCUCGAGCCAAUAGAGGAGCUGUCUUGAAUGGGGAUAGUGGGCCCAGGAACCUGCAGGGCCAGUCGAUCCAUGAGGACCCCAACUUACACCCUCAAGACCACUACCAGCCCAGCCACAUGGAAGUAGUGUCUAUGGCAACGCACAGACCCAGCAUCAUGACAACACACAGACCCAGCUUGGCUCUGAGGGACACAGACCUGGAGGAGGAGAGGAGGGACUCCAUGGGCAGCGACUUCAUCUUGCCCAACCCAGGAAGGAAGCAAAGCUUCAAAUCUCGUAUGCCCUCUGAGAGCAUGUCCACCAUCAGUGAUUACAGUAGCAACUCUCCACGGAGCUCAGAUUCCGAGCUGGGCGACAUGGUGGACAUGCCAAUGAUGCCACCCCCUGGAAGGAGAAUGUCAAUGAGUGUAUUCUUGGACAUCUCCUCUAUCAUGAAAAAGUGAAGAGGGACGAGAGCAAAAAUAGACCCAGGAGUUGCCUACGAGUGAAACAACACACAGGAGAUAAAUAGCACUGCGCCCAUCAUUGAUUGGCUCUCCAGAUUAAAUUGGGCCAAAAACAGCCACCAACCCAUGCCAAGUCACAUGUGGUCAUAGGCAGUGCUUCAGUGUAUUUUAAAUUCAAAGCACCUCAUUAAAAUGCCUACAAUCUCCAAAUGAGUGACAUUGUAUGUGGUUGAUUGUGGCAGAAAGGGAAAAUGAUUGUGCACAUCAAGAGGAAUGUGUGAAGUGUGAGCACUUAAAAUGGUUGUGAUAAAUGAAUGUUGGUGAGUAUGCAAACCAUGGAAAAUGUCAUCUUGUCCCUGGAAAAACGUUUAUAUGCUUAUUUAGAGCAUUCAAUUUUAUAAACCUAUUAUUUAGUUAGAACUUUUUUAAGUUAAACAUUCAACAAUAGAUUCUUAUGAGUGUGUAGUUGUUUGAUAUACAAUCUUAAUUCAUGACAUUAAAUGCUUAUUUACUAAAA